UGUCUAAGAAGCACGGGAAGCUGAUCACCUUCUUGCGCUCCUUCAUGAAGUCCAGGCCCACCAAGCAGAAGCUGAAGCAGAGAGGCAUCCUCCGGGAGAGGGUGUUCGGCUGCGACCUGGGGGAACACCUCCUUAACUCAGGACAUGAUGUGCCCCAGGUCCUCAAGAGCUGCACCGAGUUCAUUGAAAAGCAUGGUGUGGUGGACGGCAUCUACCGCCUCUCUGGUAUCGCCUCAAAUAUCCAGAAAUUGCGGCACGAGUUUGACUCUGAGCAGAUCCCCGACCUGACCAAAGAUGUUUACAUCCAGGACAUCCACUGUGUUGGCUCGCUGUGUAAGCUCUACUUCAGAGAGCUGCCCAACCCCCUGCUCACCUACCAACUCUACGAGAAAUUCUCUGAUGCUGUAUCAGCAGCAACGGAUGAAGAGCGGCUCAUCAAAAUCCAUGAUGUCAUCCAGCAGCUUCCUCCGCCGCAUUACAGGACCCUGGAGUUCCUCAUGAGGCACCUUUCCCGCCUGGCGGCGUUUAGCUACAUCACCAACAUGCACAGCAAGAACUUGGCCAUCGUGUGGGCACCCAACCUGCUGAGGUCCAAACAGAUUGAAUCUGCAUGCUUCAGUGGCACAGCAGCCUUCAUGGAAGUCCGGAUCCAGUCUGUGGUGGUGGAGUUCAUCCUCAACCACGUGGAUGUCCUCUUCAGCGCUAAACUCAGCUCACUAAUACGAGAGGGAGCAGGUCACAAUUCAUUGUCACGGCCCAAAUCUCUGUUGGUCUCAUCACCCUCCACUAAACUUCUGAGUCUGGAGGAGGCCCAGGCCAGGACCCAGGCUCAGAUCAACUCUCCUGUCACUGAAGACAGCAAGUACAUCGAGGUGGGCGAAGGUCCGGCUGCCCUGCAGGGCAAGUUCCACACCGUCAUCGAGUUUCCCACUGAGAGGAAGAGGCCUCCCAUUAAAUCCAAGAAGUCCCCUGUGGGUAGCUGGCGUUCUUUUUUCAACUUGGGCAAAUCUUCCUCCAUGUCCAAGCGCAAGCUGCACCGUAACCCCAGUGAGCCCAAUGAACUAAAGGCCAUGGCUCUCGCUGGCGGCAGAGGAGACACAGCAACAUUAAGAUCAGCCAAAAGUGAAGAGUCACUGAGUUCCCUGCACAAUGUUGAAGGAGAGUCCAAGGUGUACCGUCCCCGGCGGCCGCGCUCCAGCAGCGAUGCCCUGUCAGCCUCUUUUAAUGGCGAGCUGCUGGACAGCCGGCAGCAUUGCAACUCCUACGACAACCUGGACGCCACAGAGGACAGCGACGGAGACGACGGGCCCAUCUGUGUGCCUGCCCUCAUCUCACCUCCCCGCUCAGCUGGUGAAGACGUGGACCUCAGCCCGCCGGACAUCGGCAUGGCCUCCUUAGACUUUGACCCCAUGUCAUUCCAGUGCAGUCUCCCCGACACCUCCUACGCCUUCCCCCUAGAUGACUUGCCAGCUGGGGCCGAGUGCUCCAUGUUAAAGAGGAGCCCCGGCAGCGCGUGUGGCAAGACCAACGGCUCUGACCUCAUCUCUGCCACCUUCCUGGGCAGCUUGACCUCCCCCUUGUUGUCCACGGACUUCAGCCGGGCUGCCAGAGAGAAGGUGGAGAGCAAGAAACUGACCACUUCCUAUUCUUACACUGAUAAACCCACACAGGCUGUGUCACCUAUUAAAUGCGGAAAGGCCACCAGUUUGACACCGUUUGCCACUUCAGAGCUUUUCUCUACAGAGAUGCCUGACAAGAAUACAGCCGGACAGGCCACCUCUCCACAACCAUUAUCUCCUGCUUCAGCAGCCAAGGACUCUCCUCCCCUGAUGGGCAGUGUACUGCUGAGGGCAGCUGAGCCAUCGCUAAGUGAAGCCUUCCAGAUAGAGCUGCACUCUAAGCUGGCAGCCUUUGACAGUGUGGACAGUCAGGAGCUGAGGGGAGAGGACAGCGUACAGGAAGCGCCAGCUGCUAGCAGCCAAGAGCACCACGGAGUUGUAACUCCGGACUCUUCAAAGGACCUCACCCCUCGUUCCCUCAGCUCUACAGCUCCCACUACUUCCCCUCCUCCUCCUCCCCCUCCUAAAAAUGCUGCCCGCAUGCUGGCCCUGGCCCUAGCCGAGUCUGCCCAGCAGUUCUCCGUUCAUUGUCAGUCCCGGCCCUCUGAGCCCCCCACACCGGUUUUCCCUCUGCAGCCACAGGAGGGCACUAACUUCCAGGACUUGCCACAUCCAGCGCUCCUACAUUUCCAGACUUCCUCCGAUGAGGGAGCAGGAAGAGGAAGUUCCCCACCGCCAAACGGCACUGCUCCAACGAUCAGCCCGGCCCCAUCUUAUCCCUCCACUUCCAGUCCCACAAUCAAGCAGCAACCAAAAGAGUUAACCAGCACGAUUACCAAGCUAUCAGAAAGUACCAAGUCCUCUACAGCUCCACCUGGUACACAGCCAGAAACAGAGAAAAGAGAAUCCACCCCACCAGACACUCCUCUUUACAAGUGUCCCCCACUCCCCAGUACAACCAGCCUGACCUCUCCAACCAGGAAAAGUCCAGAAAGGCAGCAGCCUGUCACAGGUCAGAUCCCAGUCCGUACCGGCUCAUCAAGUAACACUCCAGCCACCACCCCCAGUGGCAGCUGCAAAGACACUGGAGUCUUACCACAGCCUGUUCCUGAGGUCAAACCAGAGGAGCCUGCACCGCCCCCAAUACUUCCGAAACCAUCAGAACCGGCACCUCCACCAAUUCAAAAGCCUAAACGGCAUGCUGUCUCAUCCCAGCAUCAAACACAAACUCAGCAGCAGAGUCAAGCUCAGAUACAGCCUCAUCUGCCAAAACAGCCUCAUCCGCAGCCUCACGCGCCAUCUCAGACACAGGUCCAACCCCAACCCCAACCCCAACCCCAACCCCAACCCCAGACCGACCCACAGACCCAGCCCAGACCACCAGACACGACCACAGUGCAAAUGGCCCCCACCUCUGCUGAGCUGUUGUGAGCAAGCCGUUGGAGGCAUAAGCCAGUACAGCCAUGUACAGGUCUGCAAAAGGUACACGAGUACGGACCCGCGCCUCCAGCCCCUCCUGUCCGCACCAUAGAGAGCAAACUGGCCACAGCAGCACUCAGCCAAAGUGAAGCCUCUUACCAUAUCCUGGGUGAGGGCCCUGCGCCCGUACAUCUAGAAGAUCCUCUUCCUCACCAUCCUCUUUCUCCUCGUAAAUCUUCCACGCACCAGCCAGCCUACCUGUACCACGCUAAAGGAGAGCCAGUCUUAAUUGAGCCUCCAGGAGCUGCAUACUACCACCAGAGGCCUGUUCCUCUGGGCCCACAGUCUAUGCCACACCACUACCGGCCAGACAGCGUCCCCCCACACCUCUCUUUCGUGUCCAAAUCUGAGCCUCAGAUACCUUACAGUGCCCGAGUAGACAAUAGAUACAGCACUUUAGGCCCCAGGUCCUAUCACCACUCCAUAAAGUCCAGAGGAAACACCCGCAGUGUGUACGUGUCUCCGGGGCCAGGGCAUCAGGGUUAUAGCCAUGACAGAACCCACGGCUAUCCCACCAUCCGCAGAGUGCACUCACUGCAUGUUCCUUCCACUAUCCGCUCUGUGCCCAUCCAGAGGACUGAAGUUCCUCCGGAUGACGAUAUAUUCUUCUACCACCGACCCGUGUAUCAGUGCAAAGCCUACCAGCAGCCUCCGCAGCAGUCCUCACAAGCCGACUACCACGUCACCCAGCUGCAGCCUUACUUUGAGAAUGGACGGGUCCAGUAUCGCUACAGUCCGUACUCCGGUUCCAGCCCUUUGGAGGCACCUUACUAUGACAUUGACCCUUACGGCACCAUCCGGGUCAGGCACGUCCACUCCUAUGGCAGCCGAGAGCCAGGAGCCGUUGCUGGCCGACCGGGUGGAAAGGCGACUGGGUACCACUACCUGGCUCGCCACGUUCUUCCACCAGGGAAGGAGCACAGCUUUGUGAGCAGAGACAUGCCCCCAGGUCAUGGAACCCAGGAGGCUGCUGCUUACCUCGCUUGGGAUGCUGAGGAGUCAGAAAGGCUCCGCAUGCACUCCAUACGCAGGGAGAGCAGGGCCAGACAGAAGAUUAAAGGCCCCGUCCUCUCUCAGUAUGACAAUGUCGGCUUGUUUGCACCAGCAGAUAUAUCAGGCUAUGAAACCCUGCACCUGCGCAGUAAGUCAGACCCAGGCAAAGCUGUGCUGGUUGCAGCCGAGAGCAAAGACGGGCGCUACCUCCCCAGACACAUGGUGUCAGACCCUGAUGUUCUCAUGUACAUGGAGACUGACAAGCAUGUCCAGGGCACCACAGUGGGCGACAAAUCAGAUGGGCUCGCCAAGCAAAGCAGCUCCAAGAAAUGCCAGUCCUCUCACUCCCUUCCAGCUACUCUGAGCCACAGUCUCUCCCAUCAGCAGGAGAGCGGCCGACACGAGGCCAAGUACGAGACUGGAGACGACAAGCAGGGUGGAGACGGCAGCAGGUCUAAACACUGGCAGCAGGAGUAUCCCAGCAAGAGGAACUUCCAGCCACGUUACGAGUGUCCUGAUUCUGACCACCACCAGGGUAAAGCGAAAACAUCGAGCGGCUACCACAGUACAGACGACCAGCCAGCAGCCCCCAGGGAACAACCAGCCCGCUCCAAACCGGAGCGAUCACACAGCGUCCGAGAGCAGCAGCACUUCAACCAGGGGAAGUCUGAACUGGACAGAGACUACUCAUAUCAGAAACACAGCACUAUAACGGCGCAGUCCCACUAUGAUAACUUGGACGAUUACCACCCAGUACCUCAACCUCAGGCCCCUGUUCAAAAACGUGGAGGCUCCAGCUCCUAUCCGGCCCCGGGAUUCACAGCGAGCCACAACAACAGAGCGUACUCCACAGCACUGGGCCAGGGAGCCUUUAUCCAGACUGACCUGGCCAUGCAGAGGCCAGAGACAGAGAUACGUACAGAAUGAAGCAUUUGUCCGGGGGUUGUGUGAAAUGAUCUUUAGCUGUGUAGAAGAAGAAAGACUCUGUUGAGCUACGGUUGAGCAGCCUCUGCAGGACAGUGGACUGUCGUAUCACCAAUAUUUUUGCUCCUCUGUAUUUUUAAUGAAUUGUAAAGAAAAUUGUAAGACUUUUUACAGAAAGUCCUGAAUGUACCUGAAAUUAUUGUCCAAGAGGUCAUAUUAUUGUGAUUGAUUGAGACAGUAGCCAGUCAUAAAUGUAUAUGAUAUGUAAGACGUAAGGUACUUUUACAGGAACCACAAAAAUGUAAAAUAUAUAUACUAU